CGCGUGCUACUAUUGGACGUUAGAGAGUGUUUAGUAGCCAUCUUCCCGUUUGGCUUGCUGUUAACAGGCGUUCGUUUGUUUCACACCAUAUGUAAUUACUGAUUAAGAUUUCAAGGGGUCUCUUAAAACUGAAAAAUUGAAAUGGCCCUCGGUAAUUUUUUUUAAAAAGACAGUCAGUAUUAAAAAGCUUAGGAUGAAGAAAAAAGCGUACAUUUCCAUGUUGGAGAAAGCUGUUGUAGAACGUAUGCUAUUCCGCAUCUAAGCGGAUCGUCCCUGAUGCUUUUGACUGAAGUGACAAGCAACAUUAGAUAGAAGCCUCAGAUGUAGAUUUGCUAUUCGUGUGCUUUUUCUCUCUCUACCUGUGAAAAAUGACCACUGCUAACAAGACUCCCCCUGGUGCAGAUCCAAAACAGCUGGAAAGGACAGGAACUGUUCGAGAAAUAGGUUCACAGGCUGUUUGGUCUCUUUCAUCUUGUAAACCGGGCUUUGGGGUGGAUCAGUUACGAGAUGAUAACCUAGAAACAUACUGGCAAUCUGAUGGAUCACAGCCUCAUUUGGUCAACAUCCAAUUCAGAAGAAAAACUACUGUGAAGACAUUAUGCAUUUAUGCAGACUAUAAAUCUGAUGAAAGUUACACUCCAAGCAAAAUCUCUGUGAGAGUAGGGAACAAUUUUCACAAUCUUCAGGAAAUUCGGCAACUUGAAUUAGUGGAGCCAAGUGGUUGGAUUCAUGUUCCAUUAACUGACACUCAUAAGAAACCUAUUCGCACAUUUAUGAUUCAGAUUGCAGUUUUAGCCAAUCAUCAGAAUGGAAGAGAUACACAUAUGCGACAAAUUAAGGUUUAUACACCAGUUGAAGAAAGUUCUAUUGGUAAAUUUCCUAGAUGUACAACAAUUGAUUUCAUGAUGUAUCGCUCAAUCAGAUUACUAAGUUCUAGUCCUGCUUUCCAGAGAUAUUUCCUUACCUAAACAGAGAAACAGAAUGACCAUAGGUGGGCAAAAAAGCUGUGGGAGAGGAAGCAACUUCUGACUUCCUGCUGCCUUCUCCAUUGAGUUUUCUUGUGGGAAGCUGGCAGGAAGCAUUGGAAACCUCCCUCCCUCCCUCCCUCCCUCCCUCCCUCCCUCCCUCUCCUUCUGCUCCUUCUCCCUUGUUCCCUGCUAUCAUCCUUUCUAAGGUAUUUCUUUAUUAGUUCCUCAAUGCCUUCAACAAUGACAGAACUUCUAAAGGUAUUGCCUUCACUGGAAAAAUAGGGAUACAUUCAGAUAUGUAUCUGCCUUGAAAAUAGCCAGUGUUGAAGUAUAUAGCACAUUCGAACAUCAGCACAGGUAAUAUUUUAUGACAUUUUGUAUUAUAUCAUAAACUGUUUUGUGAUUCUUUUUAUGUCAUGUUUUAUAAAAUUUGCCAAAUUUCAAUUUCAUAAGAAUCAUGGAUCCCAGAUUUGGAUGCUUUCUAUAAGUUAACCCAUUUGGGUGGUUGUUGUUAGUUGCGAAGUCAUGUCCAACCCAUUGCGACCACAUGGACAACGUUCCUCCAGGCCUUCCUGUCCUCUACCAUCCUCUGGAGUCCAUUUAAGUUCACGCUGACUGAUUCAGUGACUCCAUCCAUCCAUCCACCUCAUUCUCUUAUCGUCCCCUUCUUUUGCCCUCAAUCUUUCCCAGCAUGAGGCUCUUCUCCAGUGAGUCCUUCCUUCUCAUUAGGUGGCCAAAAUAUUUGAGAUCUUCAGGAUCUGGCCUUCUAAAGAGUAGUCAAGGUUGAUCUCUUCUACAACUGACCCGUUUGAUCGCCUUGCAGUCCAAGGGACUCACAGGAGUUUUCUCCAGCACCAUAAUUCAAAGGCCUCAAUUCUUUGGCGCUCAGCCUUUCUUAUGGUCCAACUUUCAUAGCCAUACAUUGCAACUGGGAAAACCAUAGCCUUGACUAUAUGCACUUUUGUUGGCAGGGUGAUGUCUCUGCUUUUUAGUCUGCUGUCUAGAUUUGCUAUAGCUUUCAUCCCCAGGAGCAAGCAUCUUUUAAUUUGUUGGCUGCAGUCCUCAUCUGCGGUGAACUUGGAGCCCAGGAAAAUAAAAUCUGUCACUACCUCCAUUUCUUCCCCAUCUAUUUGCCAGGAAUUGAGAGGGCCGGAUGCCAUGAUUUUAGUUUUCUUAAUGUUGAGUUUCAAGCCAACUUUUGCACUCUCCUUCUUCACAUGCAUCAAGAGGCUCUUUAGUUCCUCUUCGCUUUCUGCCAUCAGAGUGAUAUUAUCUGCAUAUCUGAGAUUGUUGAUAUUUUUUCCGGCAAUCUUAACUCCCAACUUUUGAUUCAUCUAGCCCCGCCUUUUUCGUGAUGUCCUCUGCAUAUAAGUUAAAUAGGCAGGGUGACAGUAUACAGCCUUGCCGGACACCUUUCCCAAUUUUGAACCAAUCAGUGGUUCUGUGUCCAGUUCUCACUGUUGCUUCUUGACCUGCAUAUAGGUUUCUCAAGAGACAAAUAAGAUGGUCUUGUACUCCCAUCUCUUUAAGAACUUGCCAUAAUUUGUUGUGGUCCACACAAUCAAAGGCUUUAGCAUAGUCAAUGAAGCAGAAGUAGAUGUUUUUCUGGAACUCCCUAGCUUUCUCCAUGAUCCAGUGUAUGUUGGCAAUUUGAUCUCUAGUUCCUCUGCCUCUUCAAAAUCCUUCCUGUACUUCUGGUAGUUCUCGAUACACAUAUUGCUGGAGCCUAGCUUGUAGGAUUUUAAGCAUAACCUUACUAGCAUGUGAAAUGAGUGCAAUGGUGCGAUAGUUUGAACAUUCUUUGGCAUUGUCUUUCUUUGGAAUUGGAAUGUAAACUGUCCUUUUCCAAUCCUGUGGCCACUGUUGAGUUUUCCAAAUUUGCUGGCAAAUUCAGUGUAGCACUUUUACUGCAUCUUCUUUUAAGAUUUUGAAUAGCUCAGCUGGAAUACUGUCUCCUCCACUAGUUUUGUUGUUGCUCAGAUUUCCUAAGGCCCAUUUGACUUCACAUUCUAGGAUGUCUGGCUCAAGGUCAGUGACCACCCCAUCAUGGUUAUUAGGGAUGUUUAGCUCAUUUUUGUAUAGUUCUUCUGUGUAAUUGUGUCACCUCUUCUUAGUUCUUCUGCCUCCGUUAGGUCCCUGCCAUUUUGGUCCUUUAUCAUGCCCAUCUUUCCCUCGAUAUCUCCAAUUUUCUUGAAGAGAUCUCUGGUCCUCUUAUUCUAUUGUUUUCUUCUAUUUCUUUGCACUGUUCAUUUAAGUGCAAAGUUCAUUUAAAAAUGCAUUCUUAUCUCUUCUAGCUAUUCUCUGAAAUUCUGCAUUCAACUGGGUGUAUCUUUCUCUUUCUCCCUUGCCUUUCUCUUCCCUUCUUUCAUCAGCUGUUUGCUAUUUGCAAAACUUCCUCAGACAACCAUUUUGCUUUCUUGCCUUUCUUUUUCUUUGGAAUGGUUUUAGUUGCUACCUCUUGUAUAAUGUUGUGAACCUCCGUCCAUAGUUCUUCAGGCACUCUGUCUGUCGUAUCUAAUUCCUUAAAUCUAUUUGUCACCUCUACUGUACAUACCCAUUGAGGUACCUUGCUUCAAAACGUUUUUCCCUAUGGUGUACUGUUGAAGGUUAAGGAAUUGGUUUUAGUAGUAUAUAGGUAAAUAAACAUCAAACCAGAAGUGAUACAAAAAAUUUCCUGGUGCAGAAAUCAUUUGAGGGUAAUAUAAAGAUUGCUAUGUAAGUAACCUAGAUGCUUUAUAAAUGUUCAUUUGACACAGACAUUUCUGUCUUUCAGUGCUGAGCUUAAAUCAUUUUAAUAGUCUUGUACUUUAGCAAGUAAUAACAUGGUUUUGUUAUUAUUACAUUGUUUGCCUGCUUUGCACGUGGUGGUUCUCCUAUAUUGAUAUGUGUAUGCUUAUUUGAUUUUAAUUUAUGUAGAUUUCUGCUUGACUAUUAUUUUUGGAUUGCAAUUUAUUUCAAAUCUUUGUAGUGGAAAGUUUACAGAAAGAAAUACUUAUACUAGCAUGGUAUAUAGAAUACCAUAGAUUCUUUGAAUGGAAUUGGGUUCUGUUCCUAUGCCUAAUUACACAUUGUAAUUGCAGAUAACUUGACUUUUGUGGAAAAUUCAUGUAUUUUCAUACAUUAUAAAUGAAGUAAAGAGAACUAUGCAAUAAAAAACAACCUCAGAAUAGAGUGGCAUUCUACUGAACCAAAUCUCAUCAGUUUCAAUGGAAUUAAUUCUUCCAAGAACUUGGAAUUUAAGAUUUCAGAAAAUUAUCAAUUAUAUUCUUAAUUGUUAAUUGUCAAUUACAUAUUACCAGAAAUGUGUUACCUGUGUUUUUGGUUUUUUAAAAGAUGAUCUAAUUACUGUAUGUCCACAAGACAUAAACCUUGUCAACUGCCCUAGUAGGAACCCGUCUGUCCUUAUUUUCACUUCUCCGGUCACAGCAGAAUAAACACUUGGAAUUGAUUUCCCCCCUGCUUGGUGGAGUAUGAGAAAAGCAGAGAGCAGGUUCCCUGCAACUGAUAUUUCUUUGGUCUUUGGCUAGUCUUCCCACUUUGGGGAUUGAUGGAGCAAAGCAACUGAUGUUGCCAGGAUUUUGUAAACACAAUUAAGCAAAUUUGUUUUAAUUUUUUUUCUUUUGGUGAAGUCUCAGAACUAAGUUCUAUAUUUUUUAUGUAUCUCCCCUCUCCCUCCACCCAAUUCCCUGCAUUGCCAGAAUGUAGUUGAAGAAUCUUUUUACUGUAGCCGUACAUGAAAGCAAAUACAUUUCUAUAUUAUGACAAAUUUAUGUCCACUAUAAGCUUUCAUUGGUUGGUAUAGUUGGCAUGUGCCUACUGACAAUGUGCCAAAAGGAAAACUUAAAGGAAAACUUACACAACUCAGAAUUAGCAUUAAGCACUAUCUGUAUAUCCCUGGACAUCGGUACUGCCACUUGUUAAGAGCACUGGAUAUAACACAAAUCAGUACAAGUACCAAAUAUGACCACAUAUCCCCUUAUGACUAUGUGAACUCAGAUGUAAGAGAUAUGAUUAAAGAGCGGCCCUAAAAGAAACACUUAAGAGAUGAAAUAAGUUUUUGAUAGUUAGGAAGCUAUGGAUCUAGACUGAUGAAAUAAUCAAAAUUAUACCUCUUAAUAAUAGGAUAUUUGUGUCAGAAUCUGAUUGUUGGACAUCUGUUAUUUCUAGUGCUUUUAUCAAUGGGGCUAUCCUGUUUGAAUUAGAGAAUGAUUUUAUAGUAUGCAAGGAUUUCAUAAUCAUCUUCCUGAAACAGUUACAAUGCUGUAAAGAAAUAUAAUGCUUUUGUUGUGCUAAGUGGAAAAGUACAUGUGUAAUGUUAUUUUCUUAUAUCCACCACCUGGUAUUCGAAGAAUACAAAUAACAAUAAUGAAAAUCCAAAUUUUGGAAAAGAUAAGUUGGAUUUUUCUAAAAAGUAGAUGCAUCCAAAUGAUGAUAGACACCUACAUGGUCAUUAAAAUGUUAAACUGUUUCUAUUAAUCCUUGAAUUGGCAUUGAAUGAUACCCAUGUGAUAAACACUACUACCCAUUUUUAAAUAAAAUCUUUGCAAGUUAAACUGGACAUAGUACAAAGUUAAGCAUACUUACAAUUUUUCGAUGUUGCCAGGAAAGAUUUAAAAAACAUGAAUAAGUCCUUUAAAUAAGUGGGGGUUAAAUGUGUCAGCCUUCAAUUAAAUCAACUUAGUUCAUGCUUCACAGAAAAUGCGGCAAAGGCAAUUUCUUUGCAUUACUUUUGGAUGCUGAGGUAGAUGCUCUCUCGGUGGUUUUGCAUCUCAUCUGCUACUGAAGUUCGCAGAUGACACAACAGUGAUUGGUCUCAUUCGAGACAAUGACGAAUCCGCAUAUAGACGAGAGGUCGAACGACUAGCCUUGUGGUGCAACCAAAACAAUCUGGAACUGAACACACUCAAAACCGUAGAAAUGUUGGUAGACUUUAGGAGAAACCCUUCCAUACUUCCACCUCUCACAAUACUAGACAACACAGUAUCAACAGUAGAAACCUUCAAAUUUCUAGGUUCUAUCAUAUCGCAAGAUCUAAAAUGGACAGCUAACAUCAAAAACAUCAUUAAAAAAGGACAACAAAGAAUGUUCUUUCUGCGCCAACUCAGUAAGCUCAAACUGCCCAAGGAGCUGCUGAUUCAGUUCUACAGAGGAAUUAUUGAGUCUGUCAUUUGCACCUCUAUAACUGUCUGGUUCGGUUCUGCAACCCAACAAGAAAAACACAGACUUCAGAGGAUAAUUAGAACUGCAGAAAAAAUAAUUGCUACCAACCUGCCUUCCAUUGAGGACCUGUAUACUGCACGAAUCAAGAAGAGGGCCGUGAAAAUAUUUACAGACCCCUCGCAUCCUGGACAUAAACUGUUUCAACUCCUACCCUCAAAACGACGCUAUAGAGCACUGCACACCAGAACAACUAGACACAAGAAUAGUUUUUUCCCGAAGGCCAUCACUCUGCUAAACAAAUAAUUCCAUCAACACUAUCAAACUAUUUACUGAAUCUGCACUACUAUUAAUCUUCUCAUAGUUCCCAUCGCCAGUCUCUUUCCAUUUAUGACUGUAUGACUAUAACUUGUUGCUGGCAAUCCUUAUGAUUUAUAUUGAUAUAUUGACCAUCAAUUGUGUUGUAAAUGUUGUAUCUUGAUGAACGUAUCUUUUCUUUUAUGUACACUGAGAGCAUAUGCACCAAGACAAAUUCCUUGUGUGUCCAAUCACACUUGGCCAAUAAAAUUCUAUUCUAUUCUAUUCUAUCAUCCUGAAUUCCUCUUCCAGCCAGAUGGCACAGCUCAAUUGCACUUUAUCGCUAUUUCCUAUCCUCUAUAAUUUAUUUCUGCCCCCAAACAACUGCUAUUCAAGGUUUUAAUUUCCCCCUUUUUCCACGGUGUCAAGCAGUAACAAUGAAGAGGGUGGGGUUGUAUGCUAGCUGCUUUUUUUAGUGGCCCAGUUCUUGUUGGGACAAGGAGUAGAAGAUAGUAUAGAAAUACUUGCCUAUGCUGGGAGACAAAAACCCUGCCUGAUCUUUUAAAUAAUUUUUAACAUCUCUUGCCUCUUUUAAAAUUUAAAUUUUAUGCACUGUUUUUAUGCUCUGCAUGCCACUCAGAAUUCCUCUGCAAGAAAGAUGAAAAAUUCCUAAAUACAAUAAAUAAAAUAAAAUAAAUAAAAUAAAUUAUUCUGAAAUUAUGAAUUUGUCAGAAGAAAGCUAAGAAAUUUGGGAAAGUCCCAGAGAACAGAAUUAAUCUAUAGGCUACUGUAGGUUGACCUGAAAGAGCAAACUAGGAUGACAUAACAAUCUGGUCAUAUGACUGAAUUUAACUGAAGUACAUAGUCUUAAAGUGUCACUGAUAAACAGCAUUGAUUGAUGAGCAAUGGACUAAACCUUGAUUAAACACAGGGGUAUUACAGUAAAACUUCAAUUUAAUGGGUUAUUUGGAGGUAAGAUAUCACCAAUAAAUCUGAAUUUAUGUCAAUCUGUAUAAUUCAUACCAAUUUAGGUCAUUUCUAUAACUAUAUAGUUUAUGCAAAUUUUUACAUUUAUUGUAAAAAUUUAACAGACUCACCUUUGAUUUUAUGACGAUAAAUCUGUUAAAGAGGAGUUAAGUUUGAAUGGAGCAUUUGACUGCUAUAUCCAAAGUCUAUUAAACUGAGGUCUCUUCAACAGAGUAUUGUACCUUAGAAUAGCCAUACAUUGUAUUAUGCCCUAAACUGCAUAAUUCUGUUGCUUCUUAAUAGGUCAGUCUCAAUAUUAGCAUCAGUAGGGAGGAAAAGCAGAUGCACAUGCAUGCAUAUUUUAAAUGUUUUGUUUUUUCCUGACUGCUGGAAAAUGUCUUGAACUCUGCUUUUUCAAAAGUACUUUGGAUAGCAAGGAAGCACACAAUUGUUACUCUUCUUGCAGAUGUUCAUUAGUAUUGUGAUUUUCUGAUAGGGUGAGCCAAGCUAUAUAUUGCUAGUAUGUUAAUGUGCUAGGCAUGUCCGCCAGUAUCAAGGAAUCUACCUUUUAAAUAUUUUACUGCUUAAAAAACUACAAAGUGAAAAAAUAAAACAUUUGUUUUGAAUGAGUGAAUAAAGUGAUAGAAUUACGUUGACUAUUCUUUCCUUUGAGAUUCCCUUUCCAGAUAAGAAUUAAUUCAAAUAUAGAGAUGUUUCUCUGAACCAUUCUUUGAUACCUAACACAUUAGUGGUUUCCAGGAGCACUGGACUUCUUUUCAGCUAAGGUCAAGCAAAUUAUAUGUAGACCAAUUGCAGUUUUUUGAAUAUAAUUUACAUUUUUGUUUCUUUCUAAGAUGCCAGUUCACUGUAGAAUAGGAAUCUCCAUUUUUAAAUACAUUGUCCCUAUUUGUUUCACUAAGGGAACUUCUUCCUAGAAAGGAAAAAAUGUGCCAUCCAGAUGUUGAACUACAUUUCUAACUAGACUAACCACAAUGACUAAUAGGAAUUAUGGGAUUUAUAGUCCAGAAAUAUCUGAAAGAUUACCUAUUUGAUUCCUUCUAUCCUAGAUAAUAAAAUAACUGCUAGAAAAAAUGCUUAUCUUGCUUAAAAUGUAAUUGCUAUAAAAGAAGAUAUACUCUAAUGUAAAUAUUAUAUUAUGAAAGUAUAUUUCAUAAAGGCUUAAACUUGUCCCUAAAGAAUACCUUACACAACUAACUUUGACAUUAAAGAUCAAUAUCUCAUACUAGUAGCAGGCCACCCAAGAGGAAUACCCGCUUGAAGUUUCUAACAGUCUACCUUUGAAAAUGAAAAAUCUAUCUUGAGUUUCAGAAUAAAUACAUAUAAUAAUUACAUCAUUCCUAAGCUCACACCCAUCAUAAGGAUAGAAGAUUGAUGUUGCAAAAAAUAUAGGGUAAAUGUCUGUUGGUAAACAUUCAACACUUUCAUUAGCUUUCCUUGAGUUGUGACUAAUAUUUUCUAUUUAACAACUAAAAUGUGACUAAUUAAAGUUGUACUCCUAAAUAUACUCUUUUUUAUACAGCGCUUUAAAUUUUUUUGGCAAGGAAAAUAAAAAUAAAAUCUGGUGUUCACACCUUCAAAGAAGGUAUUAAAGGCUUCAAAUCCAAAUAUUACCUGAAGAUUAAUCAGAUGGUAUUGUGAAACUGCAGGAAUUGAACUCAGCAAGACCUGAAAACCAUGUGAAAGUUCCUAAUUUCCUUUGCACUUGAAUAGCAUCAUAUACCGUCAUAUAAAUGAGGUUUUUGCCAUGUGUGCUAUCUGGAAGCACUUCAAAUCAUGGGUUUUAUUGACAUAGACAUGUUUUCUUUCCCUAAGUCUAAUUGCCUUUGCCACAGGUUUAUACCAUGUUGCUUCUUGCUUCCAAUUAUGCUACUUUUUUGUUAAAAUAUUAUUUACAUUCUUUAUACUCAUGUAAAGUCACAUGCUAUUAAUUAAUGUCAGUGGAAAUUAGCUCUUUUUAACUGUAUUUUACAUGUAUUUACCAAGUCAAUUUGAAGGUAAUGAUGUUUUCAAAUUGUAUUGCAUUGCAUUGUACAUUUUAUUAUUAAAAUAUUUAUAUAAAUACUA